GUUCACAUCUGCAUUGCAUGGACUUGGUAGUUAAUGCCUUCAAAACAUCACUUCAAUACAGAGCACCCAGAGAUCCUCAAGACUGAAUUAGAUAAGAUUAAAGUCAAAUAAGGAAAUGUUCACAUCUGCAUUGCAUGGACUUGGUAGUUAAUGCCUUCAGAACAUCACUUCAAUACAGAGCACCCAGAGAUCCUCAAGACUGAAUCAGAUAAGAUUAAAGUCAAAUAAGUGAUCCACAAUGGCCACAAGUAAUAAAACGCACCUGUUGAAAACUCUGGAGCAGCUUGGGGAAAAGGAGCUGAAGACGUUUAAAUGUUACCUGCAGGAUAAAGUUCUGGAUGGGUUUGAUCCCAUCCCAAAGAGCAGGUUGGAGGGACCUGCCAGAACAGACACAGUGGAUAGGAUGGAGGAGACAUACACACUGGAAGGAGCUCUGAAGAUCACUGUGGAGAUCCUGAGAAAGAUGGAUCAGAAUGAUCUUGCUGAGCGGCUGAUGGGUGUCAGUGGUUCUGAGGAGGCUGGUGGGAACAGUUUAACUUCCUGUCUUCCUCAGGAAGUCCAGGGUUCCUCCAACACGACUGAGACUGGAGGCCAUGCUGCUGCUCCUGGUGGAAACCCCUCAGAGCCUCAUGCAGCUACUCAUCUGUCCUCCAAUAAAGCUCAGGAUGGCGGCAUCAUCGUGGCUCCAGUGUUAAACGCAGAUGUUGGAGGCAAUGUAACCUACAAUAUAACCACCAUUAAUAACAUGAACACUGUGGACCAUCAGAAAAAAGAGGAAGCAUCCCUGAUCCCACAGCAAAGCACCUCCUCACCAACACAACUCUAUGAAGACAAAGAGCGAGAGACAAACAGGAGUGGUGAAGACAAUGGUGUUCUUGAAUUAAUCGAUCAUUUCAAACUGAAACUGAAAGAGAAGUUUCAAGAAGUUUUUGAGGGCAUAGCUAAAAAAGGAAACGCAACUCUUCUCAAUAAGAUCUACACAGAUCUCUACAUUACAGAGGGUGAGAGUGGAGAGGUCAAUAAAGAACAUGAGGUGAGACAGAUUGAGACAGCAUCCAGGAAAUCAGCAAAAACAGAAACUGCCAUCACAUGCAACAACAUCUUUAAACCCUCAGCUGGACGAGACACAUGUAUCAGAAUUGUUCUGACAAAAGGAGUUGCUGGCAUCGGAAAAACUGUCUCUGUGCAGAAGUUCAUCACAGAUUGGGCUGAGGGACUAGCCAAUCAGGAAAUCCAGUUCAUCUUUCCUCUCCCGUUUCGAGAGCUGAAUUUGUUGGAUAGAGAAAAGUUCAGUUUGAUGGAUCUUCUACAUUACUUUUCCAUGGAAAUGAGAGAAUCUGGAAUCUCCAAUUACAACGUUCUGUUUGUCUUUGACGGUCUGGAUGAGUGUCGACUGCCCUUAGCCUUCAAGAAGAAUAAGAGGUGCUGUGAUGUCACAGAGUCCACCUCAGUGGAUGUGCUGCUGACCAACCUGAUCAGAGGAAACCUGCUUCCCUCUGCUCUCAUCUGGAUCACCACUCGACCUGCAGCAGCCAAUCAGAUCCCUUCUGAGUGUGUUAACCGGGUGACAGAGGUACGAGGGUUCAAUGACCCACAGAAGGAUGAGUACAUCAUGAAGAGAUGCAGUGAUGAGAUCCUGGCCGAGAGAAUCAUCUCACACAUCAAGGCAUCAAGGACUCUUUACAUCAUGUGCCACAUUCCAGUCUUCUCCCUAAUGUGUGUGACUGUCCUAGAGCACAUGCUGAAAACAGAGAAGAAAGAGAAGAUGCCCAAGACCCUGACUGAGAUGUACACACAGUUUCUGGUGUUGCAGACCAUACAAAAGAAAGUGAAGUAUGCUGGGAAAACUGAGACAGAUUCAGACUGGGAUGAAGACAGCAUUCAGAGUAUUCAGUCACUGGCAAAACUGGCCUUCCACCAUCUGAUCAAAGGCAACCUGAUUUUCUAUGAGAAAGACCUGACAGAGUGUGGAAUUGAUGUCCGUGAUGCCUCAGUGUACUCAGGAGUGUUCACACAGAUCUUCAGAGAGGAUCGUAAAGUCUUCCAGAAGAAGGUGUUCUGCUUUGUCCAUCUGAGCUUUCAGGAGUUUCUGGCUGCUGUGUUUGUGUUUCUCUCAUUCAUCAACAACGAUGAGAAUCUGAUGUCUAAGAAUCCAGUACCUUCCAGUUCCAACAAACUGUUGGCUCUUUUCAGAGAGAAACCAGAAGUCCGAUUCUACAAGAGUGCUGUGGACAAGGCCUUGCAGAGUAAGAAUGGACAACUGGACCUUUUCCUCCGCUUCCUCCUGGGUCUCUCAAUGGAGUCCAACCAGACUGACUUACAAGGCCUACUGACUCAGACAAGAAGCAACACACAGAGCCAUGAGAAAACAGUCAAGUACAUCAAAGAGAAGAUCAGAGAGAAUUCCUCUCCAGAGAGAUGCAUGAAUCUGUUCCACUGUCUGAAUGAACUGAAUGACCAUUCUCUGGUGGAGGAGAUCCAACACUACCUGAGCUCAGGAAGUCUCUCCAGUGAGAAGAAGCUCUCAUCUACACAGUGGUCAGCUCUGGUCUUUGUGUUGCUGACUUCAGAAGAGGAGAUGGACGUGUUUGACCUGAAGAAAUACUCCAGAUCAGAGGAAGGUCUUCUGAGGCUGCUGCCAGUGGUCAAAAACUCCAAAGCUGCUCUGCUGAAUGACUGUAACCUCUCAGAACGGUGCUGUGAAGCGCUGGCCUCAGCUCUCCCCUCCUCAGAUCUGACAGAGCUGGACUUGAGUAACAACAACCUGGGGGAUUCAGGCAUGAAGCUGCUCUCUGCUGGACUGGGGAAUCCACUCUGCAAGCUGGAGACACUGAGGCUGUCAGGCUGUCACAUCACAGAGGAAGGAUGUGCUUCUCUGAGCUCAGCUCUGAAGUCAACCUCAUUCCUGAGACAACUGGAUCUAAAUAACAAUGAUCUGAAGGAUGCCGGCAUGAAGCUGCUCUCUGCUGGACUGGGGAAUCCACUCUGCAAGCUGGAGACACUGAGGCUGUCAGGCUGUCACAUCACAGAGGAAGGAUGUGCUUCUCUGAGCUCAGCUCUGAAGUCAACCUCCUUCCUGAGACAACUGGAUCUAAAUAACAAUGAUCUGAAGGAUGCCGGCAUGAAGCUGCUCUCUGCUGGACUGGGGAAUCCACUCUGCAAGCUGGACACACUGAGGCUGUCAGGCUGUCUGGUCACAGAGGAAGGCUGUGCUUCUCUGGCCUCAGCUCUGAGGUCCAACCCCUUACACUUGAGGGAACUGGACCUGAGCUACAAUCAUCCAGGAGAAAAAGGAUUGAAGCUGCUCUCUGCUGGACUGGAGGAUCCACACUGCAGACUGGAGAAACUCAAUGUGGAUCAUGGUGGAGAGUGCUGGAUCAAACCUGGCCUUUUGAAGGCCUGGAGACAUGCCUGUGAGCUCACACUGGACCCAAACACAGCACACAGACGCCUCUCUCUGUCUGAGGAGAACAGAAAGGUGACAUGGAGGAGAGAGGAGCAGCCGUAUCCUGAUCACCCAGAGAGAUUUGAGAACUGUCGCCAGGUGCUGUGUAGAGAGGGUCUGUCUGGGCGCUGUUACUGGGAGGCAGAGAGGAGUGGAAGAAGGGUUUAUAUAGCAGUGACAUAUAAAGGAAUCAGCAGGAGAGGAAGGGGUGCUGACUGUAGGCUUGGAGACAAUAACAAGUCCUGGAGUCUGGUCUGUGAUGAUAACAGUUACUCUGCCUGGCACAAUAAUAAGAGAACUGCCAUACCUGCCCCCCCCUCCAGCUCCCACAGAGUAGGAGUGUAUCUGGACUGGCCGGCCGGCACUCUGUCCUUCUACACAGUCUCCUCUGACACACUGACCCACCUGCACACAUUCCACAGCACAUUCACUGAGCCCCUCUAUCCUGGGUUCUGGGUUCAUGACUCCUCAGUGUCCCUGUGUCAGGUAGAAUAGCCCACACACACUCUCACACACUGUGCUCACAUAGAUGUCAUUGAAGAUUGAACUGUAUACAGUUGGAAUUGAUAUCCCAGAGUGUUUGUAAAUAUUGCUGUGUAGAAUGUUUGUUUUGUUUUAACCUUUAGAUGUAAAUAUUACUGAUAUUAAAUAUUAUUAACCCUCGUGCUGCCUUCGGGUCACAUGACCCAAAGGUUCAUAACGAACCAUCAUUGUGUUUACCCAAUUUUACCCAAUACAAAAACAAAUAAAAAUACUUUUCUUUUAACCUUCGCAAUGUGGGGGGUCUGAGACAGCCCGACGGUUAAAAGAAAAUGCUUCACUUUGUUUUUGUAUGCGGUAAAGUUGUCGCAAUACGACGGUGGGUCACAAUGACUGAUGGGUCAGAACGACCCGAGGAGAACACAAGGGUUAAUAUCUCUAAAUAUUACCGACGCUUCCACCAGAGUGAGUUAUUUUUCCAAAACGGAAGCUAGCUAGCUUUAGUUAGCUUCCGUUACCUAGCAACCUAGCAUAAUACUCGUAGCAAUGCUACUACCUGCUAGUGUUACUUGUUAGCCUUCUAAUUGUACAUUUUGAAGCCGUACUACAGCGUUUGUCAUGUCGUUUUUGUCUAUCGGAAAAUAGUCGGUUGGAAUGUUCAGAAUCACACGUGUGACGUUACUCUGUGGGGCUUUCGAACUAUCGCACACGUGUGAUGCUGCUCCUUAACGGGUUAAUUGUUGACAAACAACAAUCCUGUCUUUGAUCUCAGUCCCACUGAAUGUGAUGAACUAAAUAGUGUCUUAGUGACUAAAUAAGGAGAAAUAAAGAUGUUUUAUACAGGA